CAAGUCGUGCUGCGGUUUCACUACAUGCAGACACUGCUCAGCUCCAGUCCCACAAACCUCUCUCAUCUUGGACUUCGCCCUCCGGUGAAAGCUGUGGCUCGCCCCUUCGAUCACCACCUGCUCGGAAGGAACCCGCGGAGCGCGCACCUCCGGCCCGGGCCCCUUUCCUCCCCGGCUCUGACUUUCCUGCCGAGCACCCUGCUCUCCCCAGCCCAGGCGAGGCUCGCAACUUUCCUCCCAGCCUGGCGCUCACCCCGCUUGGCUGGUCCCCAAGAGACGCUGCCUUCCCGCGGCGCCCCCGCCCGCGAGCUUCCCGCAGCCGGGCCGAGCACCCUCAGCUCUCACCCGGGGCCCCGAGAGCGGCUAGUCGGGCGCACGCGCGCCCCCCGCCCCUCCCCGCAGGCGGCGCAGCUUCCCCUGCAGCACCUCCCCUCUCGCGGAGGGAGCCGGAGGGGGCUCGGGACGCCGCGCGCAGACCUGCUCCGGCUGCGCGCCACGCCGCUCUCCUCCGAGAGUGGCAGCAGUAGCCGCGGCGGCCGCAGGGGUUCCCGGCUGCCGCAGCUCCCCGGGGGAGCCGAGCGCGCCUCUCCUGCGAGCCCAGCACCCCCAACCUGCUCGCCGCGCGCAGCUGAGCCGCCGCGCGGGACUCGCCGCCCACCAUGGAUUUCCUCCUGGCGCUGGUGCUCGGGUCCUCGCUCUAUCUGCAGGCGGCCGCGGAGUUCGACGGGAGCUGUGUGCCAGCCACAGUGCAAACAUGGUGAAUGCAUCGGACCAAACAAGUGCAAGUGUCAUCCUGGAUAUGCCGGCAAAACCUGCAAUCAAGACGAACACUUCUACCCAACUCCUCUUGACCAAGGCAGUGAACAGCCUCUUUCACAACCCCUGGAUCAUCAAGCCACAAGUUUACCUUCAAGGGAUCUAAACGAGUGUGGCCUGAAGCCGCGGCCCUGCAAGCACAGGUGCAUGAACACUUACGGCAGCUACAAGUGCUACUGUCUCAACGGAUACAUGCUUAUGCCGGAUGGAUCCUGCUCAAGUGCCCUGACGUGCUCCAUGGCAAACUGUCAGUAUGGCUGUGAUGUUGUCAAAGGACAAAUUCGGUGCCAGUGCCCCUCUCCUGGCCUACGGCUGGCUCCUGAUGGGAGGACCUGUGUGGACAUUGAUGAAUGUGCUACUGGAAGAGCCUCCUGCCCUAGAUACAGGCAGUGUGUCAACACUUUUGGGAGUUACAUCUGCAAAUGUCAUAAAGGCUUCGACCUCAUGUACAUUGGAGGCAAAUACCAAUGUCACGAUAUAGAUGAAUGCUCCCUUGGUCAGUAUCAAUGCAGCAGCUUUGCUCGAUGUUACAACGUACACGGGUCCUACAAGUGUAAAUGUAAAGACGGAUACCAGGGCGAUGGACUGAAUUGUGUUUAUAUUCCAAAAGUCAUGAUUGAACCUUCAGGUCCAAUUCAUGUACCAAAGGAAAAUGGUACCAUUUCAAGGGGUGAUGGAGGACACAGUAAUUGGAUCCCUGAUGUCAGAAGUACUAGGUGGCCUCUGAAGACACCCUAUGUACCUGCUGUCAUUACCAGCAGGCCCACCCCUGAGCCAACAGCAAGACCUGCCCUGAAGCCAGCGCCACAGCCUGCCCCACCCACAGAACUCCGAACACCUCCGCCAGCAGCAACCCCAGGAAGACCAACCACCAGACUGACAAGUGUAGCACCAGUUGCCACUGCGUCUCCAAGAAGGAUUACAGUUGACAACAGGAUACAGACAGAGCCUCAGAAACCCCGAGGAGAUGUGUUCAUUCCACGGCAGCCUUCAAAUGACUUGUUUGAAAUAUUUGAAAUUGAAAGAGGAGUCAGUGCAGAUGAUGAAGCAAAGGAUGAUCCAGGUGUUCUGAUACACAGUUGUAAUUUUGACCAUGGGCUUUGUGGAUGGAUCCGAGAAAAAGACAGUGACUUGCACUGGGAACCAGUGAGGGAUCCAGCAGGAAGAUGUGGCAGGUUUCCAGAACACUUCUGCAUCUUCUUGAGGUCAGGUGGACGGUAUCUGACGGUCUCGGCGGCCAAAGGCCCGGCGGCAAAGGCCGCUCGCCUGCUGCUCCCCCUCGGCCACCUCCUGCACUCGGGGGACCUGUGCCUGUCGUUCAGGCACAAGGUGACGGGGCUGCACGCCGGCACGCUCCAGGUGUUGGUGAGAAAACACGGUGCCCACGGAGCAGCCCUGUGGGGAAGAAAUGGUGGCCACAGCUGGAGGCAAACGCGCAUCGCCCUGCGAGGGGCUGACGUCAAGAGCGUCAUCUUCAAGGGUGAAAAAAGGCGUGGUCACACUGGGGAGAUUGGAUUGGAUGAUGUGAGCUUGAAAAAAGGCCACUGCUCUGAAGAACACGAGCAACUCCAGAACUAGCAAUGAACCCCCGUGUUGCUCCCUCUUCUUUUUCCAAUCUUCACCUCCUGUCCUCUCCUCCCUCUUAUCAGGCCUAGGAGAAGAGUGGGUCAGGAGAAAGUCUGGUGACCCACAUCUUGCUGGCCUGCUUUUGUGCAAUCCCAGUGAACAGUGACACCUUCCUUGAAAUACAGGGGGGCAUCUGUAGAUGUGUCCAAAGCCAUCUUUGGGUGUUACCUUUCAUCCUGUGUCUCUUAAGAAGGCCUUCAGUGUGUGUGACCUAUACCGUCCUUCAUCCUGGUUACAAGGUGUUCCUUGUAGCAAAUUAUAGGAGAAGUUUUCAAAAGAAAUCUGUGCAAAUGACCUUUCUGUUAUCUGUUCAGUGUUGUACCGCGAGUAGUAUUGACUUCCCCUAAGAUGCGUUGUACAAUGUGCUUGUGAAAUUGGUUUCUCCUCUCUACUUGGUAGUUCUGGUCUGACCUGAACUCUGACUUUUACUGCCAUUCGCUUUAUAAAAGAAGGGUAUGUAGCAUAUCAAGAUGCAUUUAUUCUUGUUAUCUGUAUUUUUCUUUUAAAGACAAUUAUGUAGAGUGGGCACGCAAUCCCUCGUUAGUAGUACUGUGUUUUGUGUAAAUGUGUUAUUGGUAUUAAGUAGUUAUGUGUUCCUAAUAUUUACAGACUCUAGUUGCAAGGGAAAGGCAGCUUAUGAUCUCUUGAGUUAAAAAAAUACAUGGUGGAAUGGCAUCCAGUUCCAUGACCUUAUAUUGGCAACAAGAGAAAAUUGGAAGAGGUGUCUGUGGUUGUAGGGAGAUGAAUUUUUUAACGGCCUUGAGUUUGAUCACUACAAAGUAAUAGACAGGAAACUGUAGUUAACAUGUAAAACCCUCACUGUUUCAGGUUACACUUUAAAACCAACAGCCUUUACCAUAACAACGUGGUUCUUUCCGGUAAUAGGUAAGAAGCUUUAUGAAAGUUCUGGUUGUUUCAGAGAAAAGAUUCUGUUUGUGGAAGCUGGGUGUGGGGAAGCAUGGGGGAAGCUUCGUUGAAAUAGAUUUUCAUACUGACUUUUCAAUGCGUAUAGAUUUAGGCAUGUCUAGAUCACAGCCUAUGUGCUGUUGUGUCAGGAAGGGAUGGGAAGCGAGUCUCAUGCUUUGCGGCACCGGACGUGUUGGAAUGGGAUUCACACACACACUAGAUCAACAGGACAAGAUUGGAAUUCUAAGAUCUAUGAACCCCUGUUUCCUCCCUGCAAAGUUUACCUUUAGAUUUAAACAAAAGACAACUUUUAAAAGGCAACUUAUUCCUGAGGCUUUUCUUUACUUCCGAUUAAGUAAUCGAACUAUUUUCUGCUGUUUUUGCCAGGAAUCACAAAGAUGAUUAAAGGGUUGGAAAAAAAAGAUCUAUGAUGAAAAGUUAAAGGAACUGGGAUUAUUCAGCGUGGAGAAGAGAAGACUGAGGGGCAAACCACUGCUGGUUUUCAAGUAUAUGAAGGGCUUGUGCAGAGAGGCUGGUGGCCAGCUGUUGUCCAUAUGCACUGAGAACAGAACAAGAGGAAACAGGCUUAGACUGGAGUGUGAGGGAGCAUUUCCUGGCAGGGACAGUUAUUAAGUUAGAAUCCUUUGUCUAAAAGAAAAAGUGUGCAUUUUUUUUGAGGCUUUUUAAAAAUUUGAUAACUUUUUUUUCUAUUUAAGAUGGUUAAAGACAUUCUUACCUCAAGGUAGAGUAACAUUACAGAAUCUCCCCAAAGAUGUUUUGAUCCUAUUACUAUGUAAUGAAAGUCUCCAGAACUAAGUAACUUGGACCAGGGCUAAGGUCUAAUUUAGGUACUUCCCUCUUGGACGCCUAAUAGCGAGGAAUGAAAAGGGGAAAAGCCACCAAAUGCUGAGGUCAUGAAAAUGUCUAUCCCUUUAUGGCAAACCUAGCAGUAUUUAAAAAACAAAAACAAAACACAGAAAAAAAUUAAAAAUCUGUUUGUUCCAAAAGAGUAUGAUGGGCAGAUAUUUUAGUAUCUCAGUAAUGUCCUAAUGUGGUGGUGUAUAUUUCUUUUCUUGGUAAAGGUAUAACCCUUUCACUUGCUUAAUGGAUGAUAUUUCAGAUUUUUAAAGAGACCAUAGCAAAGAACACAGUUUAGAGAGAUUUUUAUCUGGUGCAUUCUCUCUGCAACAUGUGUGACAGUUUAAUUUGGCUACUGAAAAAGAGAGUGCCAUGCCCAACACCACUGCCAGGACCUUUCCUUCUCCUAAUGGUAAAAGUUUCUCUUAUCAAUGGGAAUCUCCCAAGUCCCACAAAAUGGUAUUGUUUUGGGAACAGUAGGUACAAUAGACAACAAUAGGUCUUUCAUCAUUUAACUUGGUGGAUGCAAGGCCAGAGGGGGAAUAUAAAUCAGUAAGCCUUUGAGUAGGGGCCAGAAAAUAUGGCUUUAGAUCCAUUUUUUAAUGAUUCAUUUCCUUUUUGGUCAUAUAACUGCACAACUGGAGAUGAAAGGGGAAAAUAAUAGAAAGUUUCACUUUUAGGUGCCAAUAAUGCAUUGCACUACACUGAUGGAAGAAGUUAUCCAAAGUACUGUAUAACAUCUUGUUUAUUAUUUAAUGUUUUCUAAAGUGAAAAAUGUUAGUGGUUUUCCAAACAGCCAAAUAAAAGUAAUUCUUUAUAAAUAA